CGCAUGCGUAGCCGUAUCUACAAAUUGGUGUAUAUAUUAUGUGCAUUUACGACGUUCGUAUAUUUUUGUACUCUAAUUAUUAGAGUUUAAUAUUUCGAGCAAACUAUGAUAAUUUUUGCUGUAGCUUUUAACGAUUCAUCGGUUUAAAUUGUAUAUAAGUUAUGUUAAGAUGUUUGGUUGAAAUGACAAUAGCGUAAUACGGUUCCAUUUUUGCGUAUAACCUCAAUAUUAAUAGCAAAGGUUAAUUUGAAGAUUUCUUUUAUUUCUCAAUAAUGUUUGCCAAAUUUCGAAAGUGUUUAUCAAAUUAUUCUGUAACUAUCAUAAAGAAUCCUAUUCGAAAAUAUGCCGUUCCUGCAGUUACUAAGUCAGAUAUGACGAAAGAAGUAAUUUAUCCACCAGUACUAGAUCUGUCUCGAAAGGCUAAAAGAAAUAGGAAAAAGGAGGUAUGGUACAAUAAAAUUAAAGUGUUAGAAACUGUAGAGGAAAAAUUGUAUGGAAUUAAUAUGCCACGUUACUAUGGUUGGAAAUCAUUGCAACUGCUUGAAGGGUGCGUUCCUUACAACUCAUUAUCUCAAGCCCAAUACAUUACAAGGACUCAUGUUGUAGAUGAUUAUCAAUUACCUAACUGUUAUGAUGAUUUAAUUACAUCUGAACAGUUAGAUAUUAUGAUCAAAGAUCUUAAAAAACCUAUAGAGGAUGCUCUUACUUUCGAAUAUUCUUAUAGAUUGAGAGAACUGAAAACCAAGAAUAUACAAGACAAAAGAAAACUUCAAGUUGAUAUUACAAAUGCAGUCAUUUAUCAAAUCAAUAGAAUAAUAUUAGCUACACUGUCUUCGACUAUACCGCAUUUAAUGGAGGCUGAGAUAGAUUUUGAACCAAGAGUGGAAGCAUUUUGGUUUGCAGGUGGCAUAGAUCCUCCAAUUUUAGCAAGGAAAGCAAGACUAAAUUCCAAAACAGAUAAAGAAUUAGUAGAUGAUCCAAUUGAUAUACCUGUUCAGUAUACUGGUUCUCCAGUUUUGCAAUUAAGGCAUCAGUUUCCUUUGAAAGAAAUUAUUUCUUUAAGUGAUUCUAAAAAUCCAGAAUGGAAUGUUCCUGAAUACAAAUUGGAUCCCAGAGUAUUGGGACAUACCUAUUCAUAUAAACAUGCUGUCAGUGUUCCUGGUUUUUGGCCUGGUGAUCCCGCUGAAUUUGGUUUAUUGUCUUAUCAUAAUUCGAAUCAUUUAUUAAACAGACGUAGUACCUACGAUGAUAAAUUUGACGCGUUAGUCGUGCAAGCUAUUUUUGCAUCUUACGGUUGGCUUCUAUCACAGGCUUGUUAUCAAGGUUUUUCCACAGUUAAUGAUAUAACAUAUCCAUUAGUAUCGCAAAGUAUUAUAACAGAUGGUGAGUUCUGGUCGUUCUGUGUUUACCAAUUGAAUACCACAUUGGUACAUUCAGAAAAUGCGAAUCAAAAUCCUUUGCGCAAUAUAUGCUGGGUAACUCAGCCAGAAAAGUUGUUUGAUUCGACGGAAGAUGAGAAAAUUCACGGUUUUAACGAAAGUGUUUUAAGAAACUUGGUAAAGUUCUAUAUUAAUACGCCCGAAGAAAGAAUGGGGGUAAAUAUGAAGCCAUAUUUAGGGGAAUCUGUAAAACAUAUUGCUGAUAUUUCGGACAACGAUCGGAGAACGUGGUUAGAGCAGUCUUUUAAACAUCUCAUGUCUAACAGACAGAGACAUUUCAAAAUACCCGAAAUAGCAAAUUGGCAGAAAAUUUAUAUAAUCGAUUACAAUACUCGACCUAUAGAUAAGAAACGUGAUCCAUGGCAGUUUGGUUACCGACCUAUGAAACGAAGAUUGGACGAUCAUUUACCGAUUUAUAUACCGAGAUGUUUAAGAGAAAAUCCAAAGAAAAGAAGUGUAGGACGUUGGGCAAAAACGUAUUAUCCGGAUGCAUAAAAUAUUCAGUCGAUGUAAAUAUAUAAUAAUUAAAUACAAUUGGAUUUAUUUCAUUUUAUUUAA